AUGGGAGUGACAAAGGAGCAAGUUGAAUCCGCUUUGAAGUCGAAAUUGAAUCCUUCACAUCUUG